AUGUUACCGAAUGGCGGAUGUAGCGAUGGUUUCAAGGAGGAACUUUCCCGAUCAAAUCCCUACCUGAAUGUGACAUUCGAAGAUGGUUCUAUAGAGACUCAAUACAUCAACAAGCAGACCAUAUUGAGGACCCAAUACUACGAGUGUGAUAAGAUGCUAGGCCUUAGGGCUGGCGAAUACACGUUAUUCGAGCUCCGGAAUGUCCUAGGAAAGUGUCUUAUUAGCACCUUUUUGUGCAUUAUCGUAAUAGCGAUACUCUUUUGGCUGGAUAAUUCUAGUUUAUUGAACGAAGUUUGCUCUCUAACAGGUUAUACCUCUUACUUCUUCAAAAAUGCUUUUUUUAUCUGGACUUCCGUAAUCAGCUACCAUUUAUGGAUGACACUGACAUCGCUAAGCCGCAAUGAUCCUGAAAAUCGCUUCCUGGUCUACAGUGCCUUUGCCUGGAUUCCUGCUGUUCUUUUCACUGGAAUCAUAUUUGUGGUCAACAAAGUCUGGGAGAAUGAUCCCCAUUACUGGAAUUGGAUGCCUUCAGUUGGUUUCAGUAGAUGUGUGUUGGUGGGUUCUAAACGGACUUUAAGGAUCUUCAUCAAUGGACCCUUAAUUGUCAUAGGUAUUUUCAAUUGGACCAUGUUCAUCCUGACAGCUAGAUACAUUAGGAAAGUUAAGAAGGAUCUGAAGUAUUUUAGGCAACGGCAGGAUGGGACCUUGAACUGCCUUGAAUUCGACGGAGAGACAUGUAGUGAUGGUUUCGAGGAGGAACUUUCCCGAUCAAAUCCCUACCUGAAUGUGACAUUCAAGGAUGGUUCUGUGGAGACUCAAUAUAUCACAAACCAGACGUUGAUGAGGACCCGAAACUACGAUUGCGAUGAGAUGCUCGGCCUAAAUGCUGGCGAAUAUACGUUAUUCGAGGUUUGCCUUUGA